ACUCAUCCAUUCUUUUUUAACCCAAAAUGAAUGUGGAGAUCUUGUCUGAAUCAGAUUUCAACAUCCUUGAAUCUUUUCAACGUUUCUUUGAUGGCUUUGACGAAUCUCCACCGCCACCGCCGACAACAACUCCCACCUGCGAUAAUUUUGUUCUUCAACCUUCCUAUAACCGGUGUUUAAGUUUUAGUGGUGUUUUUUUGAAUGAAAAUUGGGGGGAUUUGCCUUUAAAGAUUGAUGAUUCCGAGGAUAUGCUGGUUUACAGUACGUUGCGUGAUGCGGCAAACUCUGGGUGGAGUCCUUCGAACGAGGCUGAUUCAACAACAGUGUCCUCCGAGGCAUGUAGUGAAGGGAAAGAAAAGUUGAUGGAGGUGGUGGAGCGUGAACCCAACGUGCUGCUGCCGCCGUCGUCGAGGAGGGGGACGAAUUUUAAAGGGGUGAGAAGAAGGCCGUGGGGGAAGUACGCGGCGGAGAUCAGGGAUCCUAAGAGGAACGGUGCCAGGAUUUGGCUGGGGACUUACGAGACACCUGAGGAUGCUGCAUUGGCUUACGAUAAAGCCGCUUUCAAAAUGCGUGGGGCUAAGGCUAAACUGAAUUUCCCUCACUUGAUUGGCUCUAGUUAUUGUGAGCCAAUUAGAGUCGGCUCAAGGCGUCGCUCACUGGAACCUCCUUCAGCUUCCACAACGUCGCCAAAGAGAAUGAAGAGUACGGCUGCUGUAACUAACUCCACGGCGCCUACGGAGGUGAUUCAGAUGAGUUCUUGAAAACCUGGAGGCCAGUUUUGGAUUUUCUAGCUAUUUAAAAAGAGUCCAACCAACCAAUUUUAUUUUCAGAAAAUAAGAUUAAUUGAGGAAGAUUACCACCAAAGAAACAAGUUUUUUUUUGUGAUCAAAACUGGUCAUUUGAAUCUGGAUCGGUGUUAAAGCCUCUUAAUUGCAUCUGUUUUUCUUUUUCUUUUUUCCCAAUUUUACUUCGUUUCUUCGGGAAGUGAAAUAUUGAGGAGUGAUAAAACAUUUUGUAAGAUUUAAGGUGGUUGUUCGAUUGAUUUAUUCUAAUAAACAAUUUGGCUUUGGUUUAAA